UCCUUCAUUUACAGGCAGAAAGAAACAUGGCGGAGCGGAGCUGUGGAGGCUGCAUCGGUUGAGCUGCUGGCAGUUUAAAGGCAACAGAAGGGCACUCAGUCACCGGGGAAGGAGGCGCCGUGUCGGGGAGGACUCUGCCUGAAGGAUUGGGGCGGGUUGAACCUCUAACCGGGCAUCUGAUCGUGUUUUUUUUCCUCCAGAGGAGAGACGAGCGGCGAGUGAGGAUUCCAAAAAACAAGUCGGACAUGAACGGGGAAAUCGUAUGCAAUAGUCAUUCAGUCACUGUCUUAAGCUGCACCAAGUCCAUAUCACCAGUUCACGAUGAAAAGACGACCAUCAGGCUGACUCAGGAGGGAAGGUGCUCUCCGAUCUGCUCCCUGCAGAAUGAUGCUCAGAGGCAGGGGGAGGGCAGGACGACAAACACCAUCAGCACUACACCAAAAGACUUGACGGCAGAGAUGGAGAGCAGCUACAGCCAGUGUUCACCCUGCUGGUCAGAUGAACAGCCGUCACCUCCGCAGCUCCACUGCCCUCAGACCCGCCUCUUCUCCCCUCCAGAACGCAACCUGUCCUUCACCAACAGCUUAUCUCACGCUCCUCUCCACGCAAACAACGGCGGCGCUCUCCACGGACGCCAGAGGAGAGGGGCCCGGGCCAAGGUCAUAGGAAAGAAAACCACACGGAGAAUGGGAGGUGGGAAAAACUCCCAAAACCGAAAAGUUACUGACUUCUAUCCAAUAAGACGAAGCUCCAGGAAAAGUAAAACGGAGCUCAAGUGUGAAGAAAAGAAGCUCAUAGAUGAUCUCAUCACAAACGGAAUAGAGGAUGGAAUGGAGGUGCAGUACAUCGAAGGAAAGGGGAGAGCGGUGUUUGCUACACGGUGUUUCCAGAAAGGCGACUACGUGGUGGAGUAUCACGGAGAUCUGCUGCAAAUCACUGACGCUAAAAAGAGGGAGGCCGAAUACGCUCAAAAUCCUGCCACCGGCUGCUACAUGUACUACUUCCAGUACCUCUGCAAAACAUACUGUGUGGAUGCCACUAAAGAGACUGAUCGAAUGGGUAGGUUGAUAAACCACAGUAAAAACGGGAACUGCCAAACCAAACUCCACGACAUCAACGGUGUCCCUCACCUCAUCCUCGUCGCCUCUCGAGACAUCGACAAGGGCGAGGAGCUGCUUUACGACUACGGGGACCGCAGCAAAGCGUCCAUCGCGGCUCACCCGUGGCUCAAAUAUUGAUUGAGGGGGGUCCUUCAAGAAGUAAAGGGAAACGUACAGUAACACUUGUGUUUCUCGUUAGCUAGUGUACAAAAUGCCUUAGAAACAGAAUGUGUACCCUUUUUUUUUGUUUGAGGAAGCUGGGUGGGGUUAGUUAGUGGGGCUGAUCGGGUGGUUCUCACAUUUCGAUUGAUGUCCAUCUGCCGCGUCAGAUGACACCUGUACUUUUAUUUAUAUGUGUUUCUGAAACAUUCUGGUUGUUUUGCAGCACAUUUAUUUUGUACAUUUUGUAUUACCUAUAGACCAAUGCUUCUACAGCAUGCAGGUGGUAGUUGAUGCUCUGCAUUUUUAUACUACUUUUUUUAAUUAGUAGUUAGCAAUACUUCUAUUUAUGGCCCCUGAGCCCCUUUAGGAUCAGCAAGAAUUAUGAGAUGCAUAUUACAAACUCUUUUUAAAAGAAUAUCUUGUUCAAGCCGUCAAAACUCACAACCUGUCAUUGGUCAGUGGGCGUGUAACAGUUUGCCACACUCAUGGUUCAGUUGGCAUUUUGGGGUUGUUUCGAAGUGCAAAGCAAGCUUCUGCUGAUCACGCAAACUCCAAGUAUUAAUUUAAUAUACAGAAAUGCAGCUGUUUUUUUUUCUUACCAUGUAUUGUAUUUUUUAAUAUUAAAGAUACAGCAUACAUUUGACUAACUAUGUCAAAAAAAUUCAAAUAAUACAGAUGUAAUACCUCCAGAAUAUUCUGCUGCAUCUGUUUGAAUGCAAAUGUAUGUGAAGGUUUGUUGGAUUAAACAUCUACAGACAGUUUCCAUUUCUCCAUAUCAAGAAUUACACAGUUAUCUUCCCACUGUUUUCAUCUUUACAUCGUUCACUUUAAUUUUCCGUGCACACACAAAACCAGCCUGUGCAACCUGACCAGUGCCGACUUUUGUUCGUGGGUUUGGUGAACUGUUACACUGCUGCUGUACAGAUUUUUAUCACAUCUGUUCCUCUUGCGCACAAAGCUUUGUUGACAACCAGAUGUUCCAUGUCAGAGUAUUUAAUCAGCUGAUCCACCAAUGAGUCUUUAUUUUAGUAGCUUUUUUCAUUCAGAUGUGUUUUCCAAGAGGAGUUCUGGCAGUUUAUACUUGAAAAUGGUUACUCCUAUUAUUGUUAUUUAUCUCAAGUUGUCCUCCUUUAGAAAGUCACAGAGAUAAAUUAUCUGUUGCUUUAAGGUGAUUAUUAAUACAUGUACACAGUAUUUUUAGGGAAUUUCAACUUUUGUUCAUUAUGGUACGUUGUUUUCUCACACAAAAGACUUUAAUCACACUGGCUCUAUAUAUAUUUAUAAUACAGAACCUAACGAUGUUUAUACAAAUUAAUGUAUCUCAGAGAAGUGGCCACAGAUUCCUGCUGAGUAGCUACUGAAACCUCCUCGAAGUGUUAAGAUCAGGAUAAAGAAGGUGAUAAUAUAUAUUUUUGUUAUCAUCAGCAAAUCAAAGAAAAGACCAAAAGCUAUUUGCGAUUUCCGAAAAACAUCUGGUCACUGCAGUUUUUAGCAAAUGUGAGUCCAACAGGAGAAAGUAGUGCAUUUAUUGGGGACUAUUUUUAGUUGCAGAAUAAUCGCAUUUAGUGCUAUUGUGAGCAUUUGAGGCAGCACAGUGGGAUUAAAUAAAAAAACUACAGUGUCUGUUCACGGUAAUAAUAGUUUUUCAACAUCAGUUCGACUAUGUGACACAAAGGAAUUAAGAUAAAUCUGUUGGUAGGUUAUAUUCAGUGUUGAUUUUGGUCUUUUCACAGGAUUUGUUGACUAACCAAUUUAGAAAAUCACCAAAUUUAUCCUUUAAAUAAUAAAAUAAUUCAUUUAGCGAAGUUGCUGUUUAAAUUUAUUGGUUCAGUACAAGCUGGAUGAAUUUAAAUGUGCGUGGCUCCUGCUAAUUCCCAACGUAGAAGCAGUUCAGGACAAAUCUGUUUCUACAAGGAUAUCACAUUUUUGCUAUGGAGAACCUUCUCUUAUAUGUGCCCUUCUUGUUAUUGGUCAUAUUAUCUAAUUUUUACUAGUUGUUUUUAUUAAGAUAUCAUUGUUUUGGGGGAUCCCUGGGCUUAAAGAGGUCGUCUUAACAUUUUAGGACAUAUAUUUUUUUGCUGUCUUGCUGAAAGCUGAUGAGAAGAUCGAUACCUUCAUCAUGGCUGUGCACUCAGUAGGAAGUUACAGACAGGAAAUGGUUAGCCUAGCUUAGCAUAAAGACAGGAAACUGGGAAACGUCUAACCUGGCUUUGACAGGAAAGCCUUACAAAGACAAAGAGCUGCAACUACAGCAACAGUGAAGAUGAGAGAAAAAAAGGGCUUUAAAGUUUUAUUUUCAUAAUAAAACCUAAGAAACCAUCACUAUACAUUUGAAUCUAAGAGGUGCAGGAAAAACGUAAUAUCUGUAUGUUAAAAGCGCAAGAAUUCGGGUUCUUGAUGUUUGUACAGAGGAGGUACUUUAACAAAUAUUUAACAAAUAUUAUUCAAAUUAUUAUUAUUAUUAUUAAUUCAGCUCUGUAGACCAUUUGUGCCAACUUUAAUAAAUUAACCAUGAAUCAAAACAUCAAAAUGUUUGAUUUAAAGGCAGCUUAACCCAAAAAAAUCCACUGGAGUCUGAAGCUACAGUGCUGUGCAACGUUAGCUAGCCAUUAGCAUGUUAGCUUUUAGAAGGUUUUGUUACUUUUGUUUUGUUCAGGUUUCUUGACCAUUUGUACCAAAUUUAACACAUUACUCAUGGACUAACACAUUCAAAUCUGUGAUUUGGAGACAGCCUAACUACUUAAAAUUCACUGAGGAGUUAGCUUUAGUAGGUAUGUAAUUUAGCUAGUUAGCCUCAGAUGGACUGGCUUUGAUAUUUUUUUCUGAUUUAACUCUUGAGCUUUUGCACCAAGGAGCUAGUUUAAUAAAUUAACCAGGAACUUAUUACAUAAAAAUGUGAUUUGAAAGUAGCUUAACCAUGUCAAAUCAAAGUCCGAAGCUACCACUAAGUUUGGGCAGUUUAUUAUGUUAGCUUUGAAAAGGAUGAGCUUUGUUGUGUUCCGCAGUAUAGUUUAAUAUUUAAAUUUUGUCUCAUUUAAGUAAUAGAAUUGAUUUAAUAACUAAGAUACUGGAGGAUUAAAGAUUGCCUAAAUGUUAUGAAACAGGAAAAAAUUAGUAUAUUGGGUUUGGAUAAAUCAAUGUUGUUCCUCCUUGUUUCCAGUUUUUAUGCUAAGCUACAUUAAUAACCUCCUGGCUGUAGUUCAUGUUUGCUCUACAGAUGCAAGCGUACUUCUCAUCUAAGCAAAAAAACAUAUUUCCAGUAAUGUUGAACUAUGUCUUUAAGCCCUCUGAAUUUCAUUUUUUUUUAACUUAUUGUAGCAGCUUUGUUGGAAUUUUUUAGAAUGACUUGGCUGUUGUACUUAAUGUUAUCCAUCCUUAAUGCUUCUUUACAGCUUUUGAGGUUAUAAAGAUUUUUUCAUAGAAAACAACAAGUUCAGUUCUUUAAGUUAUUCUUGAAAUAUUCCGUAUAUUGUUGAAUUCUGGGAUUUUUUGGGGGGAAUUUCUUGUUUUAAUUUUAAUCAAAUACAACAUAAAUCAGUGUUAAUACAAAGAGUUGAGCCAAGUGUAUGCAAAGAAGUAAAUUCCAUGAAAUGCACUGUGUGUAAUGGACAAACAUACACUUGGACCUUCCUUGUCAACACGUCCCCUGCCCCCUCUAACAGUAGCAUUGUGUUACAUGUGUAAAUUGUUUUCCUAUGAACUUUUCUUAACAAAUAUGUUACACUUUUAUUCCGGAUUAUUCCGUUUUUUUUUAUGUGGAACUAAUGCAAUAAUAUCCGAGGAGGCAAACCUGACCUGUUGGCCAUUUUAGGACAUGAUAGAUAGAUCUUUGCUGUUGUAGCGUUGAAUAAAUCUUAAUGCUGGGGUUCGAUGAAUAAAGAUGUAAUAUGCAAGUAAAA